CCGAAACGCGUUCACGUCUGGGUAUCCUGCGGGACGUGAAAAUUUUAAGAUGGCAAGGGAGGAUAUGUACAUUUGAUAGGGCGGUCCAUUAGUGGGGGAAACAAAGGGGAAAAAAACAAAAACAUAAAUAAGAUAUUCGAGAAGCUUUAGGCUUUUUAGUGAACGAAUAAAAUAGAAAAAAACGGAAGAAGAAGAAGUUUAGAUACGCGGGAUAAUGAACGAUCCAGAGAGAGAGAGAAAAGAACGGUUCUGCUUGAAUGGAACCUUUAGAUUAGUCUAAUUGCAGAUCCAAAUUCUUGGUGUCUCCUAAUAAUCGCUUUUAUAAUCGUGUUAUUAUCAGUAUUAUUAUUUAAUCGAUCAUAAUCGGAAUCAUAAUCGGAAUCAUCGAGAUGAUAAAACCACAUAGAACGUUCGAAUAAUCUUUUUAUAUAUUCUUUCCAGCCAUUUUAUCUCGUUCUUUUUCAUUCGUUCGUUCUCUUACUCAUUCUCAUUCUCUUUCUCUCUCUUUUUCAUCGGCUUAUGAAUCGUUCCUGUUGAAGAGGGAAGAACAUUUUAGACAUCCUCGAUGACACCUCCGCGACGAAUGUUAUUACGUGAUAAAGUAUAGUUCGCGAUAAAAUUAGUUAUGCAUCUAUGCACGUGGCCGAUUGUACAUGUGUGUGUAUAUGCAUACUGGUUCAAUGAACUUCAAAGGACUAUACUAGGCAUAUUUUUAUUUUUUGUUUGUUUAUUUAUACAAGAUAAUUCGUGAAAUUAAAAGAGUAUACACGGAUGAUAAAAAAAUGAAACUACGAGAGAGCAAAAGAACGUGGUUCGUCUCGUCUUAAGGAAGAUCAGAAGGAGAAGUAAAUAUGGGAAAGGGCGAUAAAAGGGGAAUAGCACAGCGCAGCGACGCGGGAACGAAUCUCGUGGGAAAAUUUACUCAAAGUGUACGAAGGAUCGUUCAAGAUGUCAAGGAUGAAGGAACAUCGAGUGGUCAAACGAAGGAAGAGGUCAUCGAGACGAACGAACGACUGAGGAUAGUCAGGAUACGUCUCGAAGGAAGUUAUGACACCGCUAAACGUGCACUCGUCGACCUUAUGUGCAAGUAUACGAACAGUAAACAAGUUCGUAACGUGUUCCAACGGUACAACCUCCUGAAAGUUAUGAUCAAGGAUGUGAUCAAACUGGAGACGCAGUACUGGACGUUAGUGGAUAUACCAAGGCAAGAGAAACAAGAAACCGUUCUAGCUUUCGUCCUGCGUGCCUGUUCCAUCAUGGAAAAGACUCACAAGAGUGGAGAGGGCGUGAAAACCUCGGCACGAUUGGCAGAGGAAGCUGAGACGAAAAGGGAACGAAUUGAGAGACUCGAGGGCCUGACUACUGCAAUAAUCGAAUCGGAGAAUACCCAUAUGACCAAUGAUCUGUACAGACUGUUGAAAAAGUAUACAGGAUUAAGGAAUCUUAUUCGUGUUCUGAAGGAGGAAUACAACAAUUCGAAGAUAUAUCCGAUGUUUCCACGUUAUACGAUUCUGAAAGAUAUGAUAAAAGACAUAAUGCACAAUCCAGACUACAUGGAGGUUUGUCACGAGUUGGAUCAAGCAUAGCGGCCGGACCCCCUUCACCGUUCGCCACGGAUGACCUUAUAAAUCAAAAGGUCAUUUCGAGGCGCAUCGGUGUAGGGGGUGCACAGACCAUGGUAUCACCUUAAUUGAUUAUAAUCUUCGCAUUUUCAUCCACUCUUAUCAUUAGAGAACAUCUUUCUUUUUUCUUUCUUAUCAAUAGUUUAUUUGUUUUCUCACUAAAAAAAAAAAAAGGA